CGGCCGCCGAGCUUCGCCUCGCCGGAGCGGCGGCCAGGGCAGGGCAGCGCCUGUAACUGGAAACCAGCGCCGGCACCGGCACCGCGCGGCCGCUCCAUUCACUCCUAGCCAGGUUUGGAAUUAAAAUGUUCUGGUAGCAGGAGUGGAGUCUAUAAACUGAUAGAAACCAGAUAGAAAUCAGUAUUACUGCUGCUUCCAAUAGCCGGGUUUCAUUUCUUGGAUAUUAAGUUGCAAAUCUGAAGAGAUGGCAUUUCUUGCAUUGAACGUGUUGAUUGGGAUAUUUAUUUACUUUAGCAGUGUAAAAGGAUCUUCCCAGCCUCAAGCAAGGGUGUUCCUAACAUUCAAUGAGCUGCAAGAAACUAAGACCUCUGAGUAUCACAGGAUAUCCCACAGCCCCCUGGAUUACAGGAUAUUAUUGAUGGAUGAAGAUCAGGAUCGGAUCUAUGUGGGGAGUAAAGAUCAUAUUCUGUCUCUGAAUAUUAACAAUAUAAGCCAAGACCCCCUCAGUAUUUUCUGGCCAGCCUCAGCAAACAAGGUUGAAGAGUGUAAAAUGGCUGGCAAGGAUCCUACACACGGCUGUGGGAACUUCGUGCGCGUGAUCCAGUCCUACAACCGCACCCACCUGUACGUCUGCGGCAGCGGCGCCUUCAGCCCCGUCUGCGUCUACGUCAACAGGGGACGCCGGUCUGAGGAACAAAUCUUCAAGAUCGAUUCCAAGUGCGAAUCAGGAAAGGGUCGCUGUUCUUUCAACCCUAACGUGAACACGGUGUCUGUUAUGAUCAAUGAAGAGCUUUUUUCAGGAAUGUAUAUUGAUUUCAUGGGGACUGAUGCAGCCAUUUUUCGCAGUCUGACCAGGAGGAAUGCAGUGAGGACUGACCAGCACAACUCCAAGUGGCUGAGUGAGCCUAUUUUUGUGGAUGCUCAUGUUAUCCCAGAUGGCACUGACCCCAAUGAUGCCAAAAUCUACUUCUUCUUCAAAGAAAGACUCACAGACAACAGCGGCAGCACAAAGCAAAUUCAUUCAAUGAUUGCAAGAGUAUGCCCAAAUGACACAGGUGGUCAGCGCAGUCUUGUGAACAAGUGGACAACAUUCUUGAAAGCAAGACUUGUGUGCUCAGUAAUGGAUGAAGAUGGAACAGAAACGUACUUCGAUGAAUUAGAGGAUGUAUUUCUCCUAGAGACAGAUAACCCCAGAACAACACUCGUGUAUGGAAUUUUUACAACAUCAAGCUCCAUAUUUAAAGGCUCAGCCGUGUGUGUGUAUCAUCUGUCUGACAUCCAGACUGUGUUCAAUGGACCAUUUGCACACAAGGAGGGCCCAAACCACCAGCUGAUUCCAUAUCAGGGCAGAAUUCCAUACCCACGACCUGGCACCUGUCCGGGAGGAGCCUUCACACCCAAUGUGCGGACAACCAAAGAGUUUCCAGACGAUGUUGUGACCUUCAUUAGGAAUCACCCUUUGAUGUUUAAUCCCAUUUACCCCAUACACAAGAGACCAUUAAUCAUCCGGAUAGGAGCUGACUACAAGUAUACCAAGAUUGCUGUGGAUCGAGUGAAUGCUGCUGAUGGGAGAUACCACGUCUUGUUUCUUGGAACAGAUCAAGGAACUGUACAAAAAGUUGUUGUCCUACCCACCAACUUCUCUGCAAGUGGAGAACUCAUUUUGGAAGAGAUGGAAGUUUUUCAGAGUAAUUCUCCUAUAACAACAAUGAAGAUUUCAUCUAAAAAGCAACAGCUGUACGUGAGCUCAGAUGAAGGGGUCACCCAGGUCUCCUUGCAUCGCUGCCACAUCUACGGGACCGCCUGUGCUGACUGCUGCCUCGCCCGAGAUCCAUACUGUGCCUGGGAUGGCAACUCCUGCUCCAGGUUUUAUCCCACAGGAAAAAGGAGGAGCCGUAGGCAAGACGUGAGACAUGGAAACCCUCUGACUCAGUGCCGAGGUUUCAACCUGAAAGCAUACAGAAAUGCUGCAGAAAUAGUUCAGUAUGGAGUAAAAAACAACACCACCUUUCUGGAAUGCACGCCUAAAUCUCCUCAGGCUUCUAUUAAAUGGCUGCUACAGAAAGACAAUGACAGGAGGAAAGAGGUGAAGCUGAACGAGAGGAUCAUAGCUACUGAGCACGGGCUCCUGAUUCGCUCUGUGCAGGACAGCGACUGGGGGCUUUACCACUGCAUCGCCACGGAGAACAGCUUCAAGCAGACCUUGGCAAAGAUCAAUUUCAAGGUGCUGGAUUCAGAGAUGGUGGCUGUCAUGACUGACAAGUGGUCCCCUUGGACCUGGGCCAGCUCGGUGCGAGCCCUGCAGUUCCACCCCAAGGACUUUGUGGGGGCUUUCAGCCACUCCGAGAUGCAGAUGAUUAACCAGUACUGCAAAGACAGCAGGCAGGCAGGUCAGCACAGGGAAGAAUCCCAGAAGAUGAGAGGGGACUACAGCAAACUAAAGGCUCUUAUCAAUAGCAGAAAAAGUAGAAAUAGAAGAAAUCAAUUACCUGGAUCUUAAUUUUAUUUUAUAGUAAUAGAUAUUUUUGUCCUCAGUGUAGGGGGCUUAUAUUUGUCUAUUGUAAACACAUUCGUGCAAAUCUGAUAAAAAAUUAAAUGAAAAUCCAGGAAGACUCAUAAAAGAUCUUUCUCCCAAUUUAAUGCAGUGUAACCUAAGAAAACAACUCAGAGCAUUUUCUUUCCUAGAUGCUUAGUGACUCUAGGCUGAGCUCUGUCCUAGAAACAGCACUGGGUAUUCAUCUUAAACCAGAUUCACCUUUAACAUCUCAGUAUUUAAUUACAGCUGUAUAGAAAUUUUAACAAAAUCAGUGCAUUGUCUUGCAACUCUGGAACUGUACCAACUAGACUGGUGGUGAAAGAAUCUGGGUUAAGAUGAAUAUUUAGAGUAGGAUGGUACUAAGAUUUCCUUGCACUGUGUUUAAGAACAUGAGUUUCUUCUUGUUUACUGCUCAAUAUUGGGUUUACAGCUUUCACUCAUCGAUCAAAUCAUGUGAAUGCAUGCAGCUAGGAAGCAAGUAAAGUGUAGUAGAAAUGUUUCAUUUGCUCAGAGGCCAAAUGAAGGAACAAACAGAAGAAAAACAAAGAAUUUAUACUUUAUCAGAGUAAGCACUGAUUAUUGUGCAUAGUAUGAGUUGUAAUAAAUUAAUGAGUUCUGGAAUGUAACUUAAAAUAUCUCUGCUCAUAUUGAUUUUUAUUAAAAUAGGGAGUCCUAUAACACUACAUAGCUUUAUAAGUGGCACAAAGAUAACAUAAGAAUGUUCAUUAUACAUAUAAUUUCGAAAAACACCUAAGUGACUUAGGUAUUUUAGCUACUUUUCAAAGGAUUACACUCCAAUUUCUUUUCAAAGGACAGAAUGUAGACACAUCAUAUAGUGCUUGUUCAGAAAUGAAAAAUAUAGAUUAUCUUUAUUCUGUUCCAUGAUUAAAUUGGAGCUGGUCUGAAAUGUGGAAACAAGUCAUAAGUGUCUUUGAAAUUUUUAAAACAUUAUUUUUUCAACUGUUUUCUCAAAGUUGCAAAUAUUUAACUAGAAUUUUCUAAUUAAACCAUUCCCAAUUUCCAGUUUUUGUACCCUUAUUCUUUUCCAUGUUAUUUUCUCAAUUUGCUCCUAUUUUCAGUUCUUUGCUAAAAAGCAGAUCAGGAAAAGAGAAGAAGAAAAAAUAAGGAACGAGGGAAAAAUAAAACUGAAAAAUGGGUUUGGGUCAAAAACCAAAAACUAUAACUUGAGAGGCAUGUUCAAACAGAAAUCUUUUGUUUAAGAAGCAGCUGCCAGGUCUAAUGAAGCAAAUUUUGUUGAAAAUUGGGUGAGUGUGCACCAAGUCAUCCUAGGAAAAGCCAUGCAAAUGCUGUAAAGAGGGACAGAUCAUCGAUGCUUUUACUGUGUAAGAGUGUUCUGGAAGCCACCCAGUCUGUUCAAAACAGUAACAGGGAUUAAAAAUGUAUGAGCACCCUAGAAAAAAUCACAAUUAUUUAUGGCAUUAUGCAAAAAUAUAAACUGAUGUUCAGCUCAAAUCUGAGUUAUAAUUCUGAGUUAUGAUGUUAUAAUUCUGAGUUAAAAUGUUAAGUUAUAAGUCUACUUCUAUUAGAAUACUCUAGGAGUAACUGCAGGGCAUGGGGAAACACUUCUGGGUUUGUGCCUGUGUGAAUUCAGUUUAAUGCAAUGGAGGUAACACUGGUAUUUAUCUGCCAUUAGCUGGAUUGUCACUUUAUCACCACCUCAUGAAGGACAGCUGGGAAAUGAGCCCUAAUCACACCAUUUAAACAGUCUCUAAAUCCCUUUGAUGCUGGUGGGAUCUCUUUGAAUUUAAUUUGUGUGCUUACUGCUAGCAAGGCAGUGCCAGCCUGCCCAUAUAUUGCCAUCGAGUUAAGUGCUCUCCUUACUCAAGGCCUCAGUGUGUAUUUCUGCAAUAUUUAGGCAUUAAUAACUAAGGUCCUUCUUAUGGAAACCAUCAGAAAACUUUCUCUGACCUCCAUGAGAUUGAAUUUGGCCCAAAGAGCUAGCAAAUAAGGUUCUGGAGGAAUCUGGGGUUUUUUUUCUUUUUUUUUUUUUUUUUCCUUUUAUUUCUUCCUUGCCC